UUUUUCUGUUUUAUUAGAGGAAACGAGGGAGAUGUGUCCCAGGCUUUAAUUUUCUGUCUUCUCUUGCCCAGCAAAGUAACGGACGUUUGCUUCCUCAAUAGGCUCGAAUCCAAACAAAAUCCAAUCCAUCUUUAGCUUUAAAUUUGAUUCUUUAAUCACUGUUAUUGUGAGUUCAGAUUCUCUACCUUCUCUCUCAAUUUUACUUGAGCAUUUCACAAGAUUCUUAUGUAUUUCUAGGCAUUUCUGCCAUUUUUUGUUCGCUUCAAGUGAAGAUGGAGAAGCCAAUUUCCAGACAUUUCUGCAACUAUCAACUCUGGUUGGUGAUUCUUGUUUUAUUUGUUUCAUGUUUUAUAUUACUUUGUUUUGAUUAUUCAGCUUUGACUGGACCCCAAGAUAAUUUGUCUAUUUUGGUGGAAAACUAUAAGAAUUCAGUCUCUACCCUUGAAUCCAAAACCCUGAAUCAAACCUCAAUUAGACCUAACGAAACCCGUUAUGUUAAAGAUUCUUGUUUGGGUCAAUUUAUUUAUAUUCAUGAGCUUCCUAGUCAAUUCAACCAAGAAUUUCUUGACCAUUGUGAAUCAAUUACACCAGGGACUGAGCAUAAUAUGUGUCCUUAUUUGGUUAAUUAUGGUUUGGGUGCUGAAGUUGAAAAUGCUCAAGGAGUUUUGUUAAAUAAGAGUUGGUAUUCUACUAAUCAAUUCUUGUUGGAAGUAAUUUUCCAUAAUAGAAUGAAAAAGUAUAAGUGUUUAACUAAUGAUUCUUCUAUUGCCUCUGCUAUUUACGUGCCUUUUUAUGCUGGUCUUGAUGUCAGUAGAUAUCUUUGGGGUGUUAAAGCCUCAAUAAGAGAUAAAUCUGGUUUUGAUCUUUUCAAUUGGCUAGUUCAAAAACCUGAAUGGAAAAAAUUGUGGGGUAGAGAUCAUUUUUUUGUUGCAGGAAGGAUUUCUUGGGAUUUUAGAAGACGAACUGAUAAUGAAACUGAUUGGGGUAGUAAGCUUAGAACCAUGCCAGAAUCUAAUAACUUGUCAAUGUUGUCCAUUGAGUGUAGUUCUUGGAAAAAUGAUUAUGCUAUACCAUAUCCAACAUGUUUUCAUCCCUCAAAAGAUAGUGAGGUGUUUGAAUGGCAAGAAAAGAUGAGAAAACAAAAAAGGCCGUACUUGUUUUCUUUUGCUGGUGCUCCACGGCCGGAUCUUAAAGACUCGGUCCGAGGCAAGAUUAUUGAGGAAUGUCAAGCUUCUAAGAAUAUAUGCAAGUUGUUAGAGUGUGAAUAUGGUGUUAAUGGUGUAAUUACCUGCGAUAAUCCGGCAAAUGUGAUGAAAUUGUUUCAAAAUUCAGUUUUCUGCUUGCAGCCAGCAGGGGAUUCAUAUACCAGGCGAUCUAUAUUUGACUCUAUCUUGGCAGGGUGUAUCCCAGUUUUCUUUCAUCCCGGCACCGCCUAUGCUCAAUAUAAGUGGCAUUUGCCAAAGAAUUACAGUAAAUAUUCUGUAUUUAUACCUGUUAGAGAUAUUAAAGAUUGGAAAGCUGGCAUAAACAAGACGUUACUUCGCAUACCAGAAGAUAGAGUAUUGUAUAUGAGAGAAGAGGUCAUAAGGCUUAUUCCAAGGAUAAUUUAUGCAGACCCCAGGUCUAAAUUGGAGACAAUUGAAGAUGCAUUUGAUUUAGCAGUAAAGGGAAUUCUUGAGAGAAUAGAGAGUGUUAGGAGGGUAAUUAAGGAAGGAAAGGAUCCUAGUAUUGGUUUUGCAGAUGAAGAUAAUUACAGGUUUACAUAUUCUGGGUAUGUAGGAGAAACUUGAACAGAAAUUUUGAAUUGCAUAGGAUUUUAUUAGUGAAAUGUUCUUUCUUCCAGCACUGGUGGGCAAGCAAAUUAUAUAAUCAUAAAAUAUAUAUAUAUAUAUAUAUAUAUAUAUACACACACAAGACUCAAUGUCCUCUUAAGUUCAAUUCAUUUGUUCUUGUUGAUCUUGCUGAUGGAAUGAUAUGAACUAAUUUUCUC